AUGGCUGAAGCAGCUCAAAAUCCCGAGCCGGUUCCGACCAGCACCAGAGUCGGCGCCGAGGCAGCCGGCAGCAUCAAUGAUACUAUCCAGGUUCGGAAUUUUGAGUUUGGUGGCGUUUUCUGUAUGGUUAUGCCUUGUUUUUAGCAGGUCUGGCUUUGUUUCUAAUGGGUCUGGCCUUGUUUUAAGUAGGUCUAGCCUUGUUUUUAGUAGGUCUAGCCUUGUUUUUAGUAGGUCUAGCCUUUGUUUUAAGUAGGUCUAGCCUCGUUUUUAGUGUGUCUAGCUUUGUUUUAAGUAGGUCUAGCUUUGUUUUUAGUAGGUCUAGCUUUGUUUUUAGUAGGUCUAGCCUUAUUUUCAGUAGGUCCAGCCUGGUUUUUAUUAAGUCUAGCCUUAUUUUCAGUAGGUCUAGCCUGGUUUUAAGUAGGUCUAGCCUGAUUUUUAGUAAGUCUAGCCUCAAUUAAAUCAGAUUCGACCUUAAAGUAGGUCCGAUUCCAAUAUAGCUGGUUCAUGGCUAGCUUGGGACGCUAAGGGGGCGUGGCCUGUCUGCGCUCUCCACCAGUCAGGCAUUAUCUCUUUUAUUAUCACGUCAGGACCCUUUUUCCGAUGGUUCAAGCCAGCCGUGAAUCAGCAUAAGCUAUCAAACUUGUCUGGGUACAAAAAAAAGAGAAAGCUCGAGUCUGGGUAUGUCUAGGCUCAUUCUUGAAAUGAUCCCAAACUUCUCGACUUCAGAAUUACGCGGCGUACCAAUCCGAAGUGUCGGAGCUGGUGAACGUGGUGCGGCGACGAGGACAGGAGCUCGCGGAGACUGGCCCCGCGAUUUUGGGCGACGUCGGCUCGUCGAUCAAGCCCCAGGCGGAUGAGCUGAUCGCCGCCGUCCAGGACUUCUCGGAGGCUCCGAUUCCUGGCGCCGCGAUCGCCCAGACGUUCACGUACGCCUCGGUGCUGCUGGUUGGCGCGUUCUUUGGCAGCUUCAUCGGCUCGUACAUUGUCGGCCCCAUCCUUUCGCUCUUCUUGCUCAAGUUUGGCGCUGUCCUACUCGCGCUCGUCGUCUUUCCACUGAUUGCAUUUGGCGUCGUCCGGAGGGUUGGUGGCUUUAUCGGCUUUGAUUCUCUUUUUUGCAGCUGCAAGCGGCCGGAUCGCCCGACCAGGAGAUUCGCGGAACGCUGGGCGGCCUGACGUUGAUCCAGUCGCUGUUGGUGGGCUUCUCGAUCAGCGGCCACUACGCCAACCAGCCGCUCAUCUUCCUGACACCCGUCAUCAUCUCGUUUGUGCUGCCGGCGGCUCUCAGAGCCGUUGGAAACAAUCGAGCCAACGUGCUCGGCGCGGCUCUUGGAGCCUCGGUGGCCGUUCACCUGCUGCUCGGCGCCAUCAGCGGCAACAUCUCGUUCUCCUACCUGUUGCUCACGCUCGCCUAUGCUGGUAUCGCUGGGGCCGCCAUCCAGGUUCUCAUCAAGGUGUGUCUUUUACUUUUAACCAACAAAGAAGGUUGAGUCUCACCUUCAACUUAAAAUCUUUAUUUUCUGACUUUUUUAGGACCAGGCCGCCGCGUCGACGAUGCAGGUGUACGCCUACGAGUUCGGCAUCGCCUUUGGCUUCCUCAUUGCCAAGCUGAUCGUUUUUGGACUGUUUGGAAUGAGCGCCGCCGCCGGCAACCGCACGCAGCAACACUAG